AUUUGCAUAACCACACCGAACCGCAACGAAACAGCAUCCCAGCAUUGCCUUGUUCAUUAUCUUUUUGUUUCAAUCCCAUUGCUCCCUUAUUAUCUCGUCUGUUAUCACAUAAUAAUUCAUCGAACCAUGUCAACACCCAUGCUGGACCAGAGCAGCGACGAAUGGCUCCAAGCCGCGGCCGCACUAAAGUCCUACGUGACAGCCGGAAAUGCCUAUCAAAAUGUACAAGAGAACACAUUGGUAUUGGACUUGACCCAUUCCAAUUUGAAGCAAGAGCACAUUGAAAUUCGCUUUGACAAACACCAGACCGUGGACGACCUGAGACACAAAAUCUACCAAAAGACGGGAACUCCUCAUGAUUUUCAAAAAUUGCAGAUUUUUUCCGGCAGCACUCAAGUGGCCGAAAUUGCUCCCUCGGACCCGUCCACUACCAAAUUGGGAUUUUUUUCUCUCCAACACGGUAUGCGAGUCCAUUGUGUGGAUUUGAAUCCCAAUUCGAUUAGCCGGGGUGGAGCAUUAGAGGAUGUGAGUUUGGUGGCCAAGUACAAAAUGUCGGAUGAGGAAUACGACAAACGAAAAAACACAUUGCGAAGCUGGGAACAAGAACAAAAACAAGAAGAUCCCACUUUUACAUUGGCCAAAUACGCCAAGGAGCACAAGGCAUUGGUAGAAGCCAAGCAAUUGCACAAAAUGGGAUUGCCUCUCCCAGAUGGAUUCCAAGUGGUAGAUGGUGCCGUAGUCAAGUCAACAACUAACACUGAAGAUACUGGACCCAAUUCGGUCUUGGGGAUCCAAAUCGAUAUGCGAUGUGAGGCUCAACCCGGUGGUCGCAGAGGAACCGUCAAGUAUGUGGGCGAAGUACCCGAGCUAGGAGGAUUUUGGAUUGGAAUUUCGUUUGAUGAACCCGUGGGAAAAUCCGAUGGUAGUGUUGGAGGCAAACAGUACUUUGAAGCCAUGGCCAAGUUUGGAGGGUUUUGCCGUGGAAAGAAUGUGCAGGUAGGAGACUUUCCGGAACGAGACUUGUUUGAGGAAGACGAUGACAGUAGCGAAGAUGAUGAAUUGUAGAGCAUCGAUUAUCAUUCAGAUUCAUCAUUCUUCUCUACAAGCUAAAAGUGAAACCGCGACAAAAAUCUUGCCCUUUUCCGACUGAAUGCAACAAUGUAGAGGUCCAAGAGCUCUAAAACAAAUUACUAUGAUAGCAGCAAUCAAUUUCCUAGCUAGAAUUGUUGAGCAAAGAAAAGUAUGUAAUAUCGAAACUAAUGCUAGCUCGCAUGAGUUGGGAACGACCUCCCGAGUUUGCGGCAGUCGCAGG